GUGUCUGCUGCCUCUCAAUGGAUCCCGGUGACUUCCCCGGAUCCUUGGACCCCCUUUCCCUGCCUGAGAAGCCACUCGGUGAUCUCCCUGCAGACAUGGACUUCGGAGAAGAUCUGCUGGGCUCCCAGGCAGCUUCUACCCCGCAAGUGCCAGUUCCCCAGCCCCCUGAGAGGGAAUGGGGUCCGAGCAAGCCGGUGGCUGCAGACGGGGGCUUGGACCUUCUGGGGAAAGCAGACAGUUUAGCUGGUCUCAGCAAAUCAAACAAUCUUGAUCUAGAUAAAUCCAGUGUCCUGGGUGUUCUGGAGAAACCUGGUGUUCUAGAGGACUUAGAUGAAGCCACUGACUUGAUGGUUCUAGAUAAACCAGGGGGGUUGGAGGGUCUGUACAAGGCCCAUUCUUCCCAGGACUUGGCGGACGGGCACGGGGACUCCUCUGAGCUGGACAGGGAAGACCUUUUGGCAGAAGCGUGGAAAGAAGAGGAAGAUAAACCCAAAUACGACUCCGGAGACCCAAAAGAUGAUUGUGCUCCUGCCACUCCCACGCUUUGUGAUGGCAACAGCCUGGAGUCCCCCCGGCAGCCUGUUUCUGGGGCAGGGGAGCUGAGCCGCGAUGCACCCGCAGAAGAUUUCACACCACUCGCAAGUUCGCCAGUGGGUCUGCCCCAGCCCAGCCUUAAGCAGGCAAAGAAGACCAGGUUGAAGGCCCCAAGGAAAAGCUCCCCUGUGCAAAAAGAGGAGUCAGCAGCAGAAGAGGGGCUAGAACAGCCCUCUGCCCUGCCCCCGGAGCACGCUGCUGAAGGCCAGGCCGAGGAGGGGGACGAGGAUGGCAGGAACGCCCUCAGGCAAGAGAGCGGUGGGCCGCAAGCACAGGAAGUCGCACAGUCAACCUCCCCAGGAGACGCCCUGGCCGGGAAGGGGAGUGAGCAGCCAGCUGAGAAGGAGCAGAAGAGAAGCGAACGAGCCAGGAGGUCGGAGGCAGCCAGGCCUGAAACCGUGAACUCUUCCGAGAGCAUCCCGGUCUCUGACGAGGACUCAGACGCUAUGGUGGACGAUCCCAACGACGAGGACUUUGUUCCCUUCCGUACCCGGCGCUCGACCCGCAUGUCCUUGCGCACACAGAUGGCUCAGCGGGCUGCUCGCUCCACCGUCACCAAGAUGACUUGUGCCAAUUGCCGGACUCCCCUGCAGAAGGGCCAGACAGCCUACCAGCGCAAGGGGCUCCCGCAGCUCUUCUGCUCCAGCUCCUGCCUCACCACCUUCUCCAAGAAGCCAGCCGGCAAGAAGAUCUGCACCUUCUGUAAAAAGGAGAUCUGGAACACCAAGGACUCGGUUGUGGCCCAGAUUGGCUCGGGCGGCUCUUUCCACGAGUUCUGCACCUCUGUGUGCCUCUCCCUCUACGAGGCGCAGCAGCAGCGACCAGCCCCGCAGCCUGCGGAGGCCUCUGACACCAGCCGUUGCAGUGUCUGUCACAAGCCUGGGGAGAUCCAGCACGAGGUGAGCAACGGGAACGUGGUGCACCGGCUCUGCAGCGACGCCUGCUUCACCAAGUUCCGCGCCACCAAGGGGCUGAAAACCAACUGCUGUGACAACUGCGGCCUCUACAUCUACAACAAGGGGCUGCCCCUGGAGUACCUCUUCCACGAGGGCCAGCAGAAACGCUUCUGCAACUCCACCUGCCUCGGCAGCUACAAGAAGAAGAAUACCCGCGUGUACCCCUGCAUGUGGUGCAAGACGCUGUGUAAGAACUUUGACAUGCUGCCCAACGUGGACCGGAACGGCAAGAUGGGUCUGUUCUGCUCCAUCUGCUGCACCACCUCGCACAAAGUGAAGCAGUCGGGCCUGACGGGUCCCGCAAGACCCUGCAGCUUCUGCAGGAAGAGCCUGUCUGAGCCCUGCUAUUACAACAAGGCUGACCGGGUCGUGUACCAGUUCUGCAGCCCCAGCUGCUGGACCAAAUUCCAGCGCACCAGCCCCGAAGGGGGGAUCCACCUCAACUGUCACUAUUGUCACAAUCUCUUCAGUGGGAAGCCGGAGAUCUUGGACUGGCAGGACAAGGUGUACCAGUUCUGCUGCAAGGACUGCUGCGAGGACUUCAAGCGGCUGCGGGGGGUGGUGUCCCAGUGUGAGCACUGCAAGCAGGAGAAGCUGCUGCACGAGAAGAUCCGCUUCUCGGGGGUGGAGAAGAACUUCUGCAGCGAAGGGUGUGUGCUUCUUUACAAACAGGACUUUACCAAGAACCUGGGGCUGUGCUGCAUCACCUGCACCUACUGUUCCCAGACCUGCCAGCGGGCCGUCACCGAGCAGCUGGAGGGCAGCACCUGGGACUUCUGCAGCGAGGACUGCAAGAGCAAAUACUUGCUGUGGUACUUCAAGGUCCGUAUCAGCCGGGCUGCCUCCUGCUGGAGGGCUGGGCCCUGCUGCUGGGGGCCCCGGCUGGCCCUGCCGGCGGGGGAGUCCUGCCGCGAGGGCUGGGGGUGUUCGCUUAGGACACAGACUCUCCCUUCUGGGUCUCGACAGUUGUCGGCAAAGGCCUCCUCAGCCCCCGUGCCGCCCCCGGCGCCGGCCACGCCUCGCAAGAACAAGGCUGCUAUGUGCAAACCGCUGAUGCAGAACCGGGGGGUGUCCUGCAAGGUAGAAGUGAAGUCCAAGGGCUGUCAGACAGAGGCAGACUGGAAGCCCCAGGUGAUUGUGCUGCCGAUCCCCGUCCCGAUCUUCGUGCCUGUGCCUAUGCAUCUGUACUGCCAGAAAGUACCCGUGCCUUUCUCCAUGCCUGUCCCGGUGCCUGUGCCAAUGUUCCUGCCCACCACGCUGGAGAACACGGACAAGAUCGUGGAGACCAUCGAGGAGCUGAAGGUGAAGAUCCCUUCCAACCCCCGGUCCCCCCGCCCUAAACCCUCUGCUCUGCCUUGUUUCCCAUCAGAUCCUCUGGACAUUAACCCCAGUGUGGACUUCCUCUUUGACUGCGGGCUGGUGGGGCCAGACGACGUCUCCACCGAUGCAGACCUGCCUCGCGCCGUGCGGAAGGGCCAGAAGCGCCUGGUGCUCUCCGAAAGCUGCUCCCGGGACUCCAUGAGCAGCCAGCCCAGCUGCACAGGACUGAACUACUCGUACGGAGUGAACGCCUGGAAGUGCUGGGUGCAGGCCAAGUACGCCGGCGGGGAGUCCAGCAAGGGAGAGGAGCUGCGCUUCGGGCCCAAGCCCAUGCGCAUCAAAGAGGACAUCCUGGCCUGCACCGCGGCCGAGCUCAACUACGGCCUGGCCCAGUUUGUCAAGGAGAUCACGCGGCCCAACGGCGAGCGCUACGAGCCAGACAGCAUCUAUUACCUCUGCCUGGGCAUCCAGCAGUACCUGCUGGAGAACAACAGGAUGGUGAAUAUCUUCACAGACCUGUACUACCUGACCUUCGUGCAGGAGCUGAACAAGUCCCUGAGCGGCUGGCAGCCCACCCUGCUCCCAAACAACACCGUCUUCUCCCGCGUGGAGGAGGAGCACCUGUGGGAGUGCAAGCAGCUGGGGGUGUACUCCCCCUUCGUCCUCCUCAACACCCUCAUGUUCUUCAACACCAAGUUCUUCGGCCUGCAGACGGCGGAGGAGCACAUGCAGCUGUCCUUCACCAACGUGGUGCGCCAGUCCCGCAAGUGCACCACGGCCCGGGGCACCACCAAGGUGGUGAGCAUCCGCUACUACGCCCCCCUGCGGCAGAAGAAAGGGCGAGACAGCAGCUCUGGGAAGCGGAAGCGGGAGGAGGAGCUGCCCCUCCUGGAGCAGCGGGAGAACAGGAUGAACCCGCUGCGGUGCCCAGUCAAGUUCUACGAGUUCUAUCUCUCCAAGUGUCCCGAGAGCCUGCGGAACCGGAACGACGUCUUCUACCUGCAGCCCGAGCGGUCGUGCAUCGCGGAGUCGCCGCUCUGGUACUCGGUCAUCCCCAUGGACAGGAGCAGGCUGGGGACAGCCACUGGGGGGCGCUGA